AUGGCGGUGGCGGAUGUGUCCGGUCUCAUGGACAUUGCCAGUACCCUGGUCCAAGAGGAGAUCCCGUUCAAGCUACGAUGCGCCAUCUGCAAUAAGCUGGCGGUAAAUGCAUUUCGUCUCCCCUGCUGCGACCAGUCUAUCUGUGAGACCUGCCAAGCUUCCCUCUCCGACACAUGUCCCGUCUGCACACAUACCCCCGUCUCUCCGGAUCUCUGCAAACCAAACAAGGCUCUGCGGACCACUCUCAAGGCUUUCCUGCGCACCAAAGAGAAGAAGCGGGAAAAGGACCGUCAAUCUGUGGCGCCUUUAACGCCAUCCAAUGUCACGCCCGCAGACAAAAACAUACCUGCCGAGGAUAUUACUCCUGAUCAAAAUGGAGCUAAGUCAGUGGCCGCUGUGUAUAUCAAGGCACCAGUCUCGCCGCACCCCACAGAACAUACAGAAUCAAAGCCUCAAGAGCCUGGACCAGACACACCAGCCCCGGAAACAGCUGGAGAAAGCAUUCCACAGCGAAGUGUCCCAGAUUCGCCCGAGGCAACUGGUGAUCAACUCAACGGCACCGAAGCGGCCCUUGAGUCUACGACUGAAGAUGCUGCAGUCAACGAAACUCCACUAAAUGGAGAACCUGUUCCCCCUCCCGAGGGGACUCCUGGGGAUUCUGUUACCACCUCGAUGACCUCAAACAUGGCCGGAAACUUCCCCGCGAUGGGCUGGAACGGAAUCGGUAUGAAUCCUUUCAUGGCCGGCAUGUUCAAUUACCCGAACACGAUGGGCAUGCCCAUGGGGAUGGACCCGAUGGCAAGUCAGGGGAUGUACGGAAUGAACAUGACUGGCAUGGGCAUGAAUACUGGGAUGAAUUACAACGGGGGCAUGUAUGGAUCGUUAGGAUGGGACGCAUCCCAACAGAACAACAAUAUGUGGCAAGGCGGCCAAAAUAAAUUCAAUCCAAAUGCUUUCGCAAAUGGCACGGGUCCUCCUUAUGGAGGAGCAUUUGGCGGGUCUAAUAUGUCUGCUUACCCUUCUCAUUCAGACUAUCAGUCCGGCUACUAUGGCGGUUAUGGUCGUGGUGGGUAUCGAGGUCGCGGCCGUGGCCAGUUUCAUGGCUCUGGUCGAGGUGGCUUUGGACCCAUGCAAGGUCAUUUCCGCCAGGGUUCCAACUCAGGCUACCCCAACCAGAACCAAAGCAUUGCUAAUGGUCUCACCGGUACUCAAAUGGAUGCUCAAGGUAAUGUCCAAACAAUUGAGAUUGCUCCAGAAUCAGGUGAAACUGGACCCGAUGUGCCGGGUAAUCCAGAUGAUAUCCCAACAGGGACCACAGACCAACCCCAAGGAAUUCCCACAAUUGACAGUCUUGAUAAUUCUGUACCAACCGGACCUGGUGAACCCACUGAGGACAAUCGCCCAAGGGCCGCAUCCAACGCUCCGUCUCAACGUGGGCAGUCUCGAUCUCAAUCUCCCACGCAGAAUCCAGUUUCUCGUCCCCGUUCGCCAUCUGUUAAUGGUACUGAAGAUGACCGUGUCAGUCGGCAUGGUGCAGAAACUAAACGCCUAGAUCGGGUUGAUGAGCUACAAUCCAACGCCCGUCAAUCUCGUUCUCCAUCCCACACUUCCUCUCGUCCGUCCUCGCGACGCCGACAUCACGACAGUGAUCGGGAGCGAGAUCGAAGAACUAACCACCGGUCACAACGCACCCGUCGUCACCGCAGCCGUAGCCGCAGCUCCAGUCGAAACGGCGAUUUCCGUCCCUCUGGUCGUCUAGAAAAGACUGCAGAGAAAGAGGGAUCAAAUGGCAGGACCAAAGCGUCCUCCGAAGCCCCAGAGUCACGCGAUCUAGCAAGCCAAAUCAGCAGCACCUAUCACUCCACCAAGGAUAGAGGAAGUCGGCGCGAAGACGACAGAUCACGAGAACAAGACCGAGAUCUCCGACGCCGAGAUCGUGACCGAGACCGCGACCGUCGUGGCAGAGACCGGGAUUCCGAUCGCGAACGUCGCCGUGAUAGCGACCGCGACAAAGAUAGGACUUCAGAGCGCGACCGCGAUCGACCAAGGGAGCGAGAUCGUGGUCGUGAUCGUGACCGCGAUCGCAAGCGUUCUCGCCGCGAUCGAUCCCCGUCUGUCACCGGCGUCGACCAUCCCCAAGCCCGUCGUGUGAAACGUGGGGAUGAAGACCGUAGCAGGGACACAAAUGGAGACUCAACAAAAAGGGCCGAGCCCGAUAAAGAUCCUUACACCCUCGAGCGUGAAGCACGCAAUAAGGAGCGCCUCGAGCGUGAGCAGCAGCACCGUGAAAAGGCCAAGUCUGGCCGCCGCCGUGAUGGCCGGCAGGACCGUGUGGUGGCGGGCCGUCGCAUCAACUACAAGUAUGAAGAUGAACUCUGA